GCGGGACCCCACUCCUUCCCCACCGGACCCCCAUUUCUCCGCCGACGUCUCCUGUUUCCCCCGCGAAAGCGAAGACUCCGCUGCUCCUCCGGCCGGUGAUCACGGAGGCGUUCCGGCUCUUCCAGGUCCAUCGGGCGCUCGCGGUUCCCUUACGGAUAACCUUUCGGAAGACGAAGAAGCGUCGACGACUUCUAAUUUUCCCCCAAAUAAUCCCCCGGCGCCCCCCAGACCCGUUUCACCUUCGCUUUAUAUGUUACGUUUACCGCCGCCGGCCGGAGCGUACAUCCAAAACGAGCACAGUUAUCAAGUGGGAAGCGCUUUGCUUUGGAAACGACGCGCCGAAGCCGCUCUGGAUGCUUUGGAUAAAACCCAACGGCAACUUCAAGCUUGUAAAAGACGGGAACAACGCCUCCGCCUCCGCGUGGGCGAACUCCAACGGGAACGUCGGCUCCCCUUGGAAAUACGACGGCUUCCGAAAGAAAAGCCGCCGCCGCGGCUGCUCGAUGAGGGCGGCGAGUGA